AUGCAGAGCUAUUCCUUCGCACCUCCAACAGGCCCUUCCCGAGAAGGGCAGAAAAAUUAUGUAUUCGUGGACGAACAUAAUAGGCAUAAAAGACUCAAAGUAAUGCGAGCUUGCAAUGGCUGCCGGAAGCGAAAAAUAAAAUGUGACGCCGCAACAACAAAUACCUGGCCGUGCUCUGCGUGCACUAGACUGAAUAUCGUAUGCGUGCCUCCCACUAUCGGCCAGGAUGGUGAUUUCUCGUCGGGCCAAGGAGUUGAUCCUUACCCGACAAGUUCUAUGGGUGCAAUAAAUGCACCCGACCCUUCGGCUUCACUCUCAUCAUAUGCUAUGCCUCAAGCUUACCAAGAUGAUGUGCAACCUCCCGUUGAAGCCAUGCAUCAGUACGGUACAGAGGGAAUGGGCAUGUUUCAACAAUUUCCGCACCAAGUUUCGAAUCACCCGGCAAUGUAUGAAACAAGAUCACCUCACCAAGAAGUUGUUUCGCAUGAUUCAUAUCACCAGCAACAGAUGUUUGCUGUUUCUGGUAAUCAACCUCUACGGGGCACUGAAGGUGUCCAGUUUGGGGAACACGAUCAGUCGACGGCUGAGAAUCUUAGUGAGGUCCUUGGGCAGCUCAAAAUUGACGAGACUGGAAUUGUAGCACCUUACAUCAGGCAGCAGAAAAUGGAUAAAUCUGAACCAGAGCUCCCCACACAAGACGAACUUGAGGAGAGCCUUCCUCCGCUUAGUACCGGAGCAGGCUCCAAAAUCCGCAUCCCCCCUGAACUUAUGCCAUCAGAUGAUGAAGUCAUGAAAUACUUCAAGAUUUAUUUCGAUGACAUACAUCCAUAUGUUCCCGUUGUACAUCGUUCUCAUCUAUAUUAUCAGUGGCAGCACGAACGGAAAUCAAUUUCUCCUCUCCUUCUCGAGGCAUUAUUUGCAUGCGCAGGCAGGUUGUCGGACGAUCCUUCCCAGGGCGCUCAGUGGCUUGCUUUAGCAAAUAGGCACGAAUCGAGUUUUAUGGAUGUCCCACGAUUAAGCACGAUACAGGCCUUACUUCUGCUCCUAAAAGCCCGGGAAUCGCUUCCGAAAAAGGGCUAUUAUUACCGAUCAUGGCAAACUGUCAAAACCAUGAUCUCGAUGGCCAAAGAUUUGGAUAUUCAUGAACAUUACAAUCUACAUUCGGAAGAAAAAUCGUGCAAUUUAAGCUCGAUUGAGUGCUUGGUUCAGACCAGAGUGUGGCAAAUCCUCAUAGUUGUUGAGGUCAUGAUUGGUGCUCCACAAGGUCGAUCAGACUAUGGUGUAGAUCCAUCAACUGUGAAUAUGCAACCAAAUCUGGAUAUAAAGGAUUUGGAUCAGUUUGAAAUUGAUCGAUCCAGGCAAUACGCGUACUUCGUCCGCAAUGCGUACCAUAUUCGUAUAAUAACCGACACUUACCAUAAGAUUAAGCGGCAGAGGGACUGGGGAUCUAAUCCCAAGUUUGUUGAAAAGAACCCUCUUUUCACAGAUUGGUUGCAAAAUCUGCCACCUGACCUACAAGUCAACUAUCCAGUUGAUGGCUCACCACCAUGGAUUCUGUCUCAUUUCGUGGGGAACAUGCAUUCACAUUGUCAUCUGGGGAUAAUUCUGCUUCACAGACCACAAUUGAUUACUUCUAAGUCCUUUACAGCAGGUGGAGGCUGGAAGAUGCAUAUGGCGCUGUGCUACUCCUCAGCAAAAUAUUUGUGUCGCCUUCAGGAGGCGAUACUGGAUCGCUUUGGAUUGUCAGGCCUCCUCUUUAUGCAACGGGGUAUCAAUUUUACAAUAUACUGCAUUCUAACAUGCACCAUGCUGCACCUGGUUGCCAUAACCUCUCCUGACCCUGACUUCCAUACAGAUGCGCGCGAAUUUUUCACGCGCCACAUGCGGAUUCUAGAAAUAUGCUCCUCGGCUUGGCCGAUGCCAGAAAUACAAGCUCAGAUCGACUCGCUGCGACUUGCAUUUUCUGCCAACAUCACUCGCCCAUUCGAACUAAAGCCCACCUUCCCAUAUGGCAGCCCGUCAGAACCAUAUCAACCCAGCCCUACUCUUGAUUCUCAGUUCCCACCACAACCCAGCCAAUUGUCCAAUUUACAGGCCAGGGUUGGCUACCAGUCGUAUCCCAUUACGCCCCCAAUAUCCGCUGGCCCUGAUGAUGUUAAAUCCGACUCGCCUCAAAUGCAGCCUUUAGGGAUCCUUCAACCACAUCCAGUCUCAUGUCCACCUGUGGAGACCCCGUUGGUUGAUGAGAAUAGCUGGGAUCCUACCCGUAUCAUUAAUCAAUGGGACAUGGCAUUUUCCUUCGGUUCUUCGGCUGUCAAUCCGAACUCGCCUCCAGUGCCGGUAAAUAACACUUCUCAAGCGAUACCACCUCCUCUGGUGGACCAAUAUGCUGUUCAAUAUCAACAACCCACUAAGAUGGCUGCUGUCCUGCCCACCCCGACUGUCUCCCAGUCACAGAUGAGCGGGCAGCCAAUGGUGUUUACCGCACGUGAUUGGCAGCAAAGCGUUGCAAGCGUGUAUGACCCGAAUGGCUUGAAAAGGAGGUGGAAUUAUUCCGCCGAUAUUGGAACCGAUAAUAACCCCAAGAGACACCGGUGA